AUGCCAGCCCGACAAGCCGCGACCGCAGAUUUAGAAGCAGCUGCUGGUGCUACACUUGCAAUUCGCAGGGACCAAACGAAUAGUGGCUACGACGACCAGCAGUCCACCACAGAACCGUGUCCUGACGAAAAGCAUAUGAACAGGACAACGACAGGGCCGUAUUCCGAGCACGGCCAUUCACUCUCUCACAUACGUCCAAUGGCCAAACAUAGCGGGUCGUCCAUUUCGGCGUUCUUCAAUGGCUUGUUCCAAACCAUUAUCGCUGUCAGUACCUUGGGAACAAGCAUAACAUUCUCCUACGUCUUGUCCAAUGACAUCUCUAUGCCUUCCUCGAGACCCCCGACAUUUGCUCAGCAGCAGAUUAGAGAGUUUCUCGCCAUCAGCUGGCUCCUCUUUCUGCUCGCCCUGGCGUUUGCAUCACUAGGCUCGACAUUCUUAACAUUCUUCAAAAAUCACUGGAUCGCAGACUGGAAUGGGACGAACGGCAAGACUUCGCAGUGGACAAUUCAGAUGUAUGCGGUAGUUGCCAGCGGCCUUCUUGGUGGCUUGACGAUUGGUGCAUUUGCCCUUUUGUGUUUAGUUGUGGUGGCAUUUUCUGCAAUGGUGGGAUGGGUGGCUCUGGGAUUUACAGCUUUCUUUGGUUUGGUCAUUCUUUUUGCCGUGGUGCAUCAAGUACCAUGGCCUUGGAGGGACAACACACCAUCACCACCGACCAGACACCAUUCUGGUUGA